AUGAACAAAGAAUAUAUUAUAAAAGACUCGGUGACGACUUUGGCGAUAGCCAUUGCAGAUCACCAACAAACACCUAAUGAAAGUUAUGUGGGCACUUGCUUGGACAAAGUUAACAAAGUGUUCAAGCCCCAAUGGAUGAAAAAUCAAGAUGACAUCCUAUGUUUAUUUCAAGUAUGCCUAGAGAUUAGUCCUAUAGAUACCAAUCUAGUUGUUAAAUGCUGUAAAUUGUUGUGCAAAGUAUUACCAAAACUCGGCAUUGGCGAAGAAAAUCUCUUAAAAAAUACAAUUUCUUGGACACUAUCAAGUAUCUUCCAUUUUAAAGCCCGUGUACAACAUUCAGAACAAAUCAAUGAAAUUCUAAAUUUUUAUGUCUGUACUAUUCAAACAUUUAGAAACUUAAACAUUAACAAUAAUAAAAUCAUUUCUAGUGUAAUGGCUUUAUUACUUCAAGUAUUAGAAAAAAUUGAAAACAAAUCUGAAGAUCCACAGACAAAUAUUGACGUAUUAACAUACAUAAUGUUUCUUGAAGCAACUGUAGUUAUUAUGAAAGAUUAUGAUUACAUCAAUACUAUUGGAAUCUACAUAAUUACAUUUAUGGAACAGUCAAUAAAUCAAAAGAAUUAUAUGCAAUCAUAUGGUCAAGAAGUUUUAAAAUAUGGAUUACAAAUUUUGUCACAACUUGUCGAUCAGUCUAAACAAUGGACUCAUGAUAAUUUUAACAAAUUGCUACCAAUUGUUUUGGUAUAUUUAAGGUAUGGUUUGAUUUUUGAUCAAUCAAAAUUUCUUAAAGAUUUGCAACCCUCUCCUAUCGUACAAUGGGAAAAUCCAUCAAGACUAGAUAUAGUACCUACGAUUAAUAUGACGAAUAAACGACGUCAAAAAAAAAAGAGAAUUACAGAAUCCAAAAAUAAAGUACCAAAAUUUGUUACUAUUUCAGUAGAUAAUGAAGUGUUGAUGGACGUAAGGGAUUCAGAUUUUUCUGAAGAUGAACCAUGUACAUCUAAUAUGAUUGGACAUAUAACAUUAGAUAUACGGUUGUUGGCGGCUCAAAUAAUGAAAAAAAUGUUUACAAUAGUUGAGAAAAAAAUGUUGUUAGGGUAUUUGUACACAAUUGUUGAUGGUCCCAUGAACAUUCAAAAUUGUUUGAUUUCCGAUGUAGGAAAUUCAGUACGAGAACCUUCUUCUAGAGUACGCGCAACUAUUAUAACUGCUAUCACAUCUAUUUUUAAUGGAUCAAAAAUAUUUUUUGCGCAAGCUCAGUAUAGAGAGAAAAAGGGUGCAUUUACAACAUGGUCUGAAACUCUUGCUGAUUAUAUGAUUACAAUACAUAAUACAUUGUUAAAAGAUUUUAGUAUGGAAACGCAUAGUGUCCGUCUUGUACUUUUACAUUGUUUUUCUACUGUGAUUUCUAAUACCCCAUAUACAAGGUUGAAUAAAAGUCUUCUUAAAUCAGUAUUAGAAGCUAUACUAGUUUAUACUAAAUGUGAACCAUGUGACAAUUAUCUAAGAAUAGGGGUCUUCCGCUGUCUAUCCUCUGUUUUCAAUUCAGAACUUCCAGAAUUUGAAAAAGAAUUAUUGAUAGAAAAAAGAACAGAAAUUGUAAAUUUAUGUUUAUAUUUAUUUAAAGAAACUAAGUUAUUUCUAGAAAGUGACCAAGACAAUACACAGAUGAUUGUAAGACGUCAAUGUUGGCAAAUAUUAAAUAGCUACUGUUAUCAUUAUCAUGGUUUGAUUGAAAAUAGAAUGUUAAUUAAUAUUGCAAUCGAAGACAUGAAAUUUACUAAACAAACUUUAUUGCGUAAAAAUAUUUUGUCAUGCUUAAAACAAAUGUCUGCGGUGUCCGAAGGGGAUGAUUAUAAAUCUGCUAGGUUGGAGAAAUGGAAGUUGAUAUUUCGAAAAUUAAUACCACAAAUGUUUGAAGAAAAAGAUCCACAAACACUGCCCAUUCUUAUUGAAAGCCUAUCAACAAUUGGAUCAGAUUUAUUUAAUGAACUUGAAGAUGAAUUAAUUGAUUCGUACUGUGAUGAAUUACAUAUGUUUGUUGCCUGUGAAGAUCAAAAUAUCCAAUCAGCUGCAAUAGCAACAUUAGGUACACUAAUCAAGUAUGAAAAACUAUCAAAAAAUCCGAUUUAUAUAAGACACACUAUUGAUGGUUUGCUUUAUGUUUCAUCAGUAAAUAAAGUAAAUUCAGUUCAAGAAAAACUAGCAUGGACAUUAAACUGCUUAUCUGAAAUCUUAGUAGACAAUUGGGAUUUGUAUGAAAUUGAAGAUGAAAAAUUAUUAUGCCUGGCCAAAGCGGCACUAUCAACACUUGAUCGUAAACCGUGUAGAGCUUGUGGUACUAGGGCAUUAGGUCUCUUACUGUCAUUAAUUGACCACACUGAUGUUACCGGACAGCAAUUUGGCCCUUUAUAUGAAGACUCCAUAAAUAUCUUAAUUAAUAUUGCCAAUGGAAAUGAUAGUAUGAAAAAUCGUUGGAAUAGCUGUAAUUCUCUAGGCGUCCUCUACCAAACCAACUCGAUUCAAAAGUUACCAGAAACGUUAAAGAACAAUGUGUUCAAUACAUUAUCUACAUUAAUUAUAAACUGCUGUAACUUUAAAGUCAGGCAUGUGGCUUGUUCAUCUUUAAUGUAUAAUCGUCGAGACUUAUAUGGUAAUAAUUACUCUAAAAUGUGGCACAGGCUGUUUGAUGCUUUUGAAAAUGCACAAAAUUUACCUCAUAUUUGUGAAUACAAGCAUCAACAAAAACUCAUAAAUCAGCUUUGUGCAUCGUUUUGCAAUUUGUGUAAUUUGCUUGAGCCUUCAGACAUUAGUGGUUUAACAUAUUUGUUUGACUCUCGGCUACACGUAAUCCAGAAUGAGAUGGAAAAAUUUUGUAAUUCUAACGAUAUUCCAAAUUAUUCUGAAAUGUUAGCUGCAACACAUAACCAUUUGCAUAAUAUGUUGAAAACCAAACAACUCACAUCUAAACAAGAAGAAAUUGUAAACAGCUUAUUGAAUAUGUUUGAUAAUCGUUAA